UUGAAUGAGAGGCGCGGCGGAGGCGAUGAGCAGGCAGAAGUUCGCCCGGCCGGCGGCGGAUCUCCCGGGAGCCAUAGGGGCGCUCAGCCUGGCUUUACCCGGGGCGCGUGUCUCUCCGGAGUCGUUCCGCUUGGCCAAGUUCGACCGGCCGGAAGCGAGUUUCGUUUUCUGGAAGCUACUGUACUCACUGCUGAAGCAAAUCCAAGGUGGUAUCUGGAAGGAGCCUGUUGAUACAGGCACUCAAGUCCGUUUUGUUAAAAGCGUGGCCUUCAGCCACGGCUACAGAAGGCUGGAAUUCUAUGAGCUUCCUUCCGAUGGUUCAGUGGGGAGCAGGGAACUGCUGUUGGUGUUUUCCUGGUUCCUGUGCCGUUUCAACCUGCUGGAACUUCUGUUGAUGCUGAACAGGGUGAAGCUCUGGGAUGAAGUGUCGCUAUGCCCGUGUGAUACCACUUUGAGAAGCCAGCGGGAAGGGAAGGACCUGUCUCCGGAAACCCGCCGCAGAGGCCAGAGAGAUGCCCGAUACCUGCUGUGGUUAAAUGGCCGCCUACAGUUUCGAUGGCGGAGUUGGCACGCCGAACGGCAGGAGCAGUGCAAGCUGUGGCACAAGGUACAUUCAUACACAGCUGGUUCUCAUUCUAAUCCCACAGUUGGCCAUUUCUCCACAGUGGAAGCAGAUGCCAUGAGACAGCCAGAUACCUGCACUCAGGCACCUGGUGAACUGUUGCAGUCGAUGGAGUCUGAAAAUGCCCGUUUGGAAGCCUUUCUCAAAUGGAAGUCCCUGGAGCUGGUUUAUUGGCAUUGGAUGGAGUCUGUUUUGGAUCCUGGAGCAGAAGACCAAAGCCCUCAUGAUGGACAUCACAAGCAUACUGUUUCAUCAGACCCUGGCUUGAGUCGCUACGGUGUGGUCAGCAUUGCGGAAGAAAUUGACAGAUGCAAGGGAGAUCUGCUGGCCCUCAGCGACACAGUGUGCGAACUUGUAAAAUGCAGAAAAUUGAGCUGCCAAGGAAAGGCCGGAGCACGAAAGCGAGAACUGCUGGGCGAAAGGGAGUUCUGCAGCGUUGUCCAAAGAGCGCAAGAAACCGUGAGGCGGAAACUAUCGGAUCUUAAAGGCCAGAGCAGUCCCCGUAGAGUCGGCGGAGUGCACGGCCCAUACAGACUUGUGUUUACAGGGAAGAACUCACACACUGUUAAGAAUGGUUUUAUCCGGCCAGAGGCCAAGAGCACUGUUGGGGAAAGAGUCGCUGCGAGCGACGUAAUCAGUGAGCUGAAGAAGAGAAAAGUCAGACUUCUGGCGGAACUGAAGCAGCGGCAGGAGGCAUGUCGGCAGAAGGUUGGCGAAGCUAUCGAGGGGCUAAGUCAAGUGCUUUUAAUCACCCCAAUGAAAAGAUGAAGAGCCAGAGAGCGCAGACCAGUUGUUGAAUUUAGUAAGGCAGAGCAGACUUUGGCCCUGGCCUCAGAAGAGUAACUGAAGGCUCAGCUUUGGGCUACGUAUUAAGGUUACUUGUCUGCCUUGUUAGUGUUUGGAUCUCUUCAGGAUGGCCAUUGUUUUACUUUUAAUCUAUUGCUGUGAUUUUGUGUGUGUGUGUGUGUAAUUGUGCAUCUUACUGCAGAAUGUAUUUUUUUACAGUAUUCUAUACAUCUCCCUGUGUUUUAAUAGAGAAUACGUGUGCCUUAUAAAUUAAUGUUUACGAUCAUCUUGUGGUCGGUGGAAA